AUGAGUGUUCAGAUCUUUGGAGACCAGGUUACUGAAGAGAGAGCUGAAAAUGCUCGUAUGUCUGCUUUUGUCGGCGCCAUUGCAGUGGGGGACCUUGUCAAAAGUACCCUGGGGCCAAAAGGUAUGGACAAGCUGCUGCAGAGUGCAUCCAGUGACAAAUCUUUGGUGACCAAUGAUGGUGCUACUAUUUUAAAGUCAAUUCCAUUGGACAAUCCCGCAGCCAAGGUUUUAGUAAAUAUUAGUAAAGUGCAAGAUGACGAAGUCGGUGACGGGACAACUAGCGUUACAGUUUUGAGUGCUGAAUUGUUGCGAGAGGCAGAAACACUUAUUGAGCAAUCUAAAAUUCAUCCACAAACGAUUAUAGAAGGAUUCAGAAUAGCAUCGCAUGCGGCUCUAAGUGCUUUGGAAAAAGUAGCUAUUGACAAUUCUGCAGACGAGAAAAAAUUUCACAAUGAUUUGAUUCACAUUUCUAAGACAACUUUGUCGUCCAAGAUUCUCUCCCAAGAUAAAGAAUAUUUCGCAAAGUUGGCGACUGACGCAAUUCUGAGACUAAAGGGCUCUACCAAUCUAGAACACAUCCAAAUCAUCAAGAUCCUAGGUGGUAAGCUGUCUGACUCUUUUCUUGAUGAGGGGUUCAUUUUAGCAAAGAAAUUCGGGAAUAACCAACCCAAAAGAGUAGAAAACGCAAAAAUUCUAAUUGCCAACACGUCUUUGGAUACCGAUAAGGUAAAAGUUUUUGGAACGAAAUUCAAAGUUGACUCUACCUCAAAAUUAGCCCAGCUGGAGAAAGCUGAACGUGAGAAGAUGAAGAACAAAAUAGCGAAAAUUUCAAAAUUUGGAAUCAACACUUUUAUAAAUAGACAACUGAUUUAUGAUUAUCCAGAGCAAUUGUUCACCGAUUUAGGAAUCAAUUCCAUAGAGCAUGCUGAUUUUGAAGGUGUCGAGAGAUUAGCAUUAGUCACAGGUGGUGAAGUGGUUUCCACCUUUGAUGAGCCAAGUAAAUGUAAACUAGGGGAGUGUGAUCUCAUUGAAGAAAUCAUGAUUGGAGAGGAAUCGUUUUUAAAAUUUAGCGGUUGCAAAUCAGGCGAAGCUUGUACCAUUGUUUUGAGAGGAGCAACAGAUCAGGUUUUGGAUGAAGCUGAAAGAUCAUUGCAUGAUGCUCUUUCUGUUUUAUCGCAAACUACUAAAGAGACAAGGACUGUUUUGGGAGGUGGCUGUGCUGAGAUGAUCAUGUCUAAAUCUGUUGACACUGCUGCUCAAAACGUGGAUGGGAAAAAGUCACUGGCCGUAGAAGCAUUUGCCAGAGCCCUCAGGCAACUACCAACAAUCCUGGCUGAUAACGCCGGUUUUGAUAGUAGUGAAUUGGUCGCAAAGCUAAGGUCCUCAAUUUACAAUGGUAUGUCAACUUCAGGUCUUGACCUGAAUAACGGAUGCAUAGCCGAUAUGAGAGAAUUGGGUAUAGUGGAAAGUUACAAACUUAAGAGGGCAGUAGUUAGUUCUGCUUCGGAAGCUUCAGAAGUUUUGCUUCGUGUUGAUAAUAUUAUCCGUGCUAAGCCAAGAACUGCCGAUAGACAACGUAUGUAA